UAGCUGAAGCAAAAACCGGCCCCGCUGCCUCCCUUUGUAGAGACCUCUGCCGCCGACGCCAAAGCGGCAAGCCGGCAAAGCUGCUUCUCAUCCCUCCAACCCCCCAAUGCCGCCGGCGAACCUCACCCCGACUAAAUGGCCCAAGAACCUCACCGCCGAACACCUCCACCGCCUUGUCCGCGCCGAGCGUGACCCCCGCCGCGCGCUCGCCCUCUUCGACGCGGCCACCGUUGCCCCCGUCCCCACUUCCGCGCCCACACAAAUCCUCCCCUCCCCCGACACCGUCUCCCUCCUCACCUCCCGCCUCGCCUCCGCCGGCCUCCUCCCCCUCGCCACCUCCCUCCUCUCCCGCUCUCGCGCGCUCUUCCCCUCCAACGCCGACCUCGAGCCCCCCUUCCUCACCCUUCUCCGCGCCUUCUCCCGCACCCACCGCCCCCUCGACGCCCUCAAACUCUUCCGCUCCGCCCCCUCCGCCCUCUCUCUCCCCCACUCCGCCCGCUCCUACACCGCCGUCCUUGCCGGCCUCGUCGCGCACUCCCAUCUCCCCCUCGCCCACUCCCUCCUCGCCGACAUGCGCGCCGCCGGCUUCGGCCCCACCACCGCCACCUACAACGUCCUCCUCAAGGCCCACUGCUCUGAUGCCGACGCUCCUAUCGACGACGCGGUCCGCCUUUUCCGCAACAUCCCCAAACCUGACGCCUGCUCCUACAACACCCUCAUCGACGGGCUCUGCCGCCGCGGCCGCAGGGCCGAGGCCCUGGAGCUGUUCUCCGAGAUGGUAGAAAAUGCCGUUGCGCCUACAGUGGUUACUUACACGACUAUCAUCAAUUGGCUCGCACGGGAGGGCUGCUUGGAUGAUGCACUGGAGAUGUUUGACGAAAUGGGGAGGAGAGGUAUUGCACCUAAUGUGGUCACCUAUAGUUCUCUGAUUGAUGGUUUGUGCAAGGGUGGGCGUGCAGCAUCAGCACUGGACUUGCUGGAGAGGUUGGCCAAGGAGGUGAAGCCGCCAAAUACAAUCAUAUAUAGUUCUGUCAUUAAUGGCCUCUGUAAGGAGGGCCUGCUGAGGGAGGCAAUGGAGGUUUUGGACCGGAUGCGUCUCCAGGGGAGGAAGCCUGAUGCUGGAUUGUUUGGGAAGCUCAUUGUUGGGCUGUGUGAUGCAGGAAGGGCUGUGGAGGCUGCAAAUUACCUGGAUGAGAUGGUUCUUGCUGGCGUUCAACCGAACCGGGUGACUUGGAGCCUUCAUGUCAGGAUAAACGUUGCAGUGGUGACAGCAUUAUGUGUUAGGGGUGAAGUUGGGAGGGCUUUCCAGGUGUACCAGAGCAUGAGGACUCGUGGCAUUUCUACUGAGCCAAGCACUUUCCAUCUCCUGGUUGAGUUCUUCUGCAAAAAGAACCAUUUGGAGAAAGCAGCUCGUGUUGUGCUUGACAUGUUGUCAGAGAGGUGCAUCCCUGAGAGGGAAACAUGGGAUGUUAUUGUCAGUGGGUAUUGGAGUAAGAAGAAAGUCAGACAAGAAGCUGAGCAAAUAUGGAACCAAUUAGCAGUUAUCUGAUUGAAAAUAAAAAUAAAUGUGGUGCUACACUGUGCUGGUCGGACCCUUCCCCGGACCCUGCACAAGCGGGAGCUACAUGCACCAGGCUGUCCCCCUGCUACACUGUGCUGGUACAUGAUCCGCCUAAGACUUAUCAAGCAAAAAUUGUGAACCGACACACUUGUUCCAUCAUGGGGUUACACAAGUGAGAGAGUUGUUGCUACCAAAACCCUUAAACUCCAGUGCUUCCAUGUCCAGGAUAUGCGAAGUACUAAUAUUUAUUGUAUGCAUAAUUUUUGAAGUGACAAGCAUGCGGGCAGUGUUCAGGUA